UCAUCAAAAUAAACUGAUGAGAGUGGGACAGGAUCGAAGUCGGUCACUUUUCGGGAGCUGGAGGUAUUUUUCUGGCUUUGGUAACCUUGCCGCGAUGUGGUUCGAGAUUCUCCCCGGGCUCACUGUCAUGGGCAUGUGCUUGCUCAUCCCCGGAAUUGCCACUGCGCACAUUCACAGGUUCAGCAACGGGGGCAAGGAAAAAAGGGUUGCCUGUUUGAUGGAGAGAGAUGGGCGCACCUCUGGAGUUAAUCGUUACUAUGUGUCAAAGGGUUUGGAGAAUAUUGAUUAAGGAAGCACUUCCUGAUUAAUGAAAAAUAACUCAGUUUUGCUCAUCUACCAGUGCUAGAAGGUUAUGCAGUACAUUAUGUAAUGCAUAA